AUGCCGAGGUUUAGCGUCAGAUGGAUGGUUGCGGUGCUGCUGACUCUCGUGGUCGGUGGCGCGUUCUUCUUCUGCGAGUUUCUCAUCUACUACCCGACCAUCCUCAAGUGCGCCUGGCCGAAGAUCAGCCAUGCACGGGGCGGAGAGGGCAUCGACGGCCAGCCGAUGGACUCAACGGUCCGCGCUAUGGUGCUGUCGGACACCCACCUCCUCGGAGCCGUCGGGGGACACUGGUUCGACAAGCUGAGGAGGGAAUGGCAGAUGGAGAGGGCUUUCCAGACAGCUCUGUGGCUGCUCAGGCCCGAAAUAGUGUUUAUUCUCGGGGACAUCUUCGACGAAGGCAAGUGGAGCUCGCAGAAGCACUGGGAGGACGAUGUGCGCCGCUUCCACAGGAUGUUCAGACACACCACUGACACAGAACUGGUUGUGCUGGUUGGAAAUCACGACAUUGGAUUCCAUUAUGAGAUGGACUGGUUCAAGCUGCAGCGCUUCGAGAAGGUCUUCAACGCUUCCUCCACCAGGAUCGUCACCAAAAAGGGAGUCAAUUUUCUGCUGGUGAACAGCGUGGCCCUGCAUGGCGACGGGUGUCCCAUCUGCCAGUCGGUGGAGAAGGAGCUGAUCAAACUCUCCAGAGACCUCAACUGUUCUCUUCAGAACUCUCAGUCCAGCAGCGGAGUGACGGACAGCUGUGAGGGCUCGCAGCUCUAUCCUCCCACACCGCCCAUCAUGUUACAGCACUAUCCUCUGUACAGAGUGAGCGAUGCCGGCUGCACAGGAAUGGAUGCUGCACCGCCUGAAGAGCGACACCUGCUGUUCAGAGAGAAGUAUGACGUGUUGUCUAAGGAGGCCUCACAGAGGCUACUGCAGUGGUUUAAGCCCCGCCUCAUCCUGAGCGGGCACACCCACAGCGGAUGUGAGGUUCUCCAUGACAACAAGUACCCAGAAAUCAGCGUGCCGUCCUUCAGCUGGAGGAACAGAAACAACCCCAGCUUCAUCCUGGCGUCGGUGUCACCGGGCAGCUACACUCUGUCCAAGUGUUUCCUGCCGGAGGAGAGCACGGUGAUCAGCGUUUACUGCUCGGCCGGCGCCUGCCUGCUGCUGCUGUUCCUGGCUCACUGUUUGUGGAUGAAAGGCCUGCUGCAGUGUCUCAGCCUCUGCCUACUGGGGAAGCACAAGUCUCUGUGAACUACAUUACCCAGAGCGCACCACAUCCCAGCGCAGAGCCCAUGAAGGAGAGUUCACUGUAGUUGGUAAACACCUGAUGUGAGGAUUUGCAAAUGUGACAUUCCUCUUCUGAACGGGUCAGAAAUCUGUUCAUACAACCUCGACUUGUUUGUCCGAAUGUUUUGCGACACUGUGAAGGACAUGAAUAUAUAUAUAUAUUUUAAAUGUCUUUAAAGGACCAAAUGUUUAUCACUACUGAUGAUGAUGAUGAAGAACAUGUGGGCCAAAUUGCUGUUACAAACC